GAUAAUUCUGAAAUCAUGACUUCACUGGAAAUGGAAACCACUGAUAUUAACUUGGUUCAAACUCAUAUACCAAAGGAAGAUGUUGAUGAUGCUGUUUUCUUGAGUUGGAAGGAUUUAUGGGUGACAGUUCGUGAUGGAAGACAUGGAAGCAGGUCAAUCCUUCAGGGUCUUACUGCUUAUGCCCAACCUGGAGAACUUCUUGCUAUAAUGGGUCCUUCAGGUUGUGGCAAGUCAACCCUUCUCGAUGCGUUAGCAGGGAGACUGAAUUCAAACACAAUACAAGUUAGAGAGGUCCUCAUCAAUGGCCACAAGCAGGCACUGGCUUACGGAACAACGGCUUAUGUGACGCAAGAUGAUAAUUUGGUCGCAACAUUAACAGUUAGAGAAGCGGUUUACUACUCAGCUCAGCUUCAAUUGCCAGACUCAAUGUCCAACUCAGAAAAGAAGGAGAGAGCAGAGAGGACAAUAAGAGAAAUGGGAUUACAAGAUGCCAUGAACACAAGAAUAGGAGGCUGGGGAGCUAAAGGCCUCAGUGGUGGCCAAAAGAGGAGAGUAAGCAUUUGCAUAGAGAUCUUAACACACCCAAAACUUCUCUUCCUUGAUGAACCCACAAGUGGCCUUGAUAGUGCAGCUUCAUAUUAUAUCAUGAGCAGAAUUGCUAGCUUGGGCAGGAAUGAUGGAAUCAGAAGAACUAUCAUUUUUUCCAUUCAUCAGCCUAGCAGUGAAGUCUUUCAGCUUUUUAACAAUCUUUGCCUCCUUUCUUCUGGUAAAAUGGUGUAUUUUGGUCCUGCUUCAGCAGCCAAUGAGUUCUUCACCUUGAAUGGCUUCCCUUGCCCAACCUAUCAGAAUCAUUCUGAUCACUUCUUGAAAACCAUUAAUAAGGAUUUUGGAAGGGAUCUUGAGCAAGGAAUGAGUGAUGCAACGCCUACAGAAGAAGUGAUUAAUACCCUCAUUCAAUCCUAUACAUCGUCUGAAACUUACCAAGAAGUUCGAAAGAAAGUAGCAGAAAUAAAUAAAGAGGAUUAUGGAGCAACAUUGGAGAAGAAGAGAAGUCAUGCUAGUUUCCUUAAUCAAUUUCUUGUUCUUACAAGAAGAUCCUUUGUGAACAUGUACCGAGACAUAGGAUACUACCGGUUGCGCCUAUUUGUCUAUGUUGGAUUGGCUUUUGGUCUGGCCACCAUAUAUUAUGAUCUUGGCUCUAGCUAUGGUUCCAUCCAGGCUAGAGGUUCACUGCUUAUGUUCAGGUCUACAUUCCUCACGUUUAUGGCCAUUGGUGGAUUCCCUUCUUUCGUGGAAGAAAUGAAGGUAAUUUUUCUUUUCUAUAAAGAUUAUCUUCAUUCAAACUUUGUUUAAUUUGAGGGAUUAUAA